AUUAAUUUAAUACUAAACAGUUAAGUAUCAACUGCAUAAAGGAUACGAUGUCAAAAACUAAUAAAACAUCGCCCAAAACAAUAUACUGUGAACGCUACAAAAGACACUUGCGCGCUUUUAACAGCUUCGACCAAAAUGAUUGUCGAACUGUGAAAAAAGUGAUUGUAUCAAAGAAAAUAUGCUCCUCAAAUGGUGAAAAAAGUUUUUCUACAGGAGUAAUAAGUAGUUACAAUGGUUCAGCAAUGGCUACCACCAAGAAAACCGCUAGAUCUGAUGUGAUUUUCGAUCAGAAUACGACUUGCAAUUCAAAAAUAGAUUACUGUAAAAAGUGUGGUGAUGUGGCCUCUAACACUGAAGUCAACUCAAAGUCAAAUUCAAAUAGAUCUCAGAAAAAGCUCCAAAAACUAUCUAAGCAUAAUUAUAAUGACAAUAUUUGGACCAAAGCUACUACAAGUAAUACAAACAAAUCUUCAAUUAAAAAUAAAUGUGAUAGUAAACCAUUACAACAAUAUUAUAGAAACGAAAAGUUUAAUCAAUCUACUGACUCAUUUCUGGCCGCUGGUGAUAAUAUUAAAAAAACAUCAAAAGAAUCCCUUAAUACAAUCAUAGAAAAACCAGAAAAAAUAUCUGGCAGCAGAUCCACUAUUUUUCAAAUAUAUCCCGAAAAUUAUGAAGAAGAAUUAGGUUUUAUUGAUCCAGCAGAUAAUGAAAAUAUAAAAAGAUUAAGAUUAUUCAGGAAAAAUAAUUAUUUUGAAUGCCAUUCUGUUAAAUCUAGACUUUGUUCUAAAGGCAGUGUUACCAGUUUGAAUAAACAUAAAUGCUUAUACAGAUUCUAUUUAAAUGACCGAUUAUUUCCUGUACCGCUAAACACAGAUCAUCAAGAAAACAUUAGAUGUAUUGAAUGUCAAUUGCCAUUAGAAAACAAUAAUGAAAACUCCCAAAUAAAUGGUACAGUACAAGCUAAGGUGAAAUUGAAUGGAGAAAUUCAAGAUAUGUUACUAAUGUUGCCAGUUAAAAAAUCUUUGAUAGUAAAAGAGAGGAGAAAAGUGCUGCCAGUUAAUAAAGACUACGAGUCACUAUAUUUUGGUAUAAUAAAACUCAAUUUAAAUGGAGAUUCUAAGUUCAAUAGGAACUUGCCAAGUGACUCCUUGGCUUUGAGAUAUCAAAAAGGAUAUAAAGAAUUGACCGAGACUAAGAAGUAUGAAUAUGAUUCUAUUGGGAAAGAUGAUAUUAUUAUUAUAUGAUGAAAUAGCAAGGAAUUGUAUAUUUUUUUGGGAUAAAAACCCAUUUAUCUCUACUGAAGAUAAGACUACUGUAAGGUCUGACUUUCAAAGUUAUUAUAUUAAUUCUACUUUUUAUUUUAAUUAUAUAAUUAUUAAUACAUAAU